GUAACCACUGGGGAGCAGGUAACUCUAAUUUGUGAAGGACCCUUAGAUGCCCAGGAAUACAAGCUCUAUAAAGAAGGAAAUCCAGAUUUCCAGAUACCAACAGCUUAUGAAGACACUGAAAAAAUGAACAAGUCCAUUAUCUCAUCUAUUAGAAGUCAUGACGCAGGACACUAUUGGUGUUAUUAUAAGAGCCCUAAUGGCAUAUCAGAACACAGUGACACUCUGGAGCUGGUGGUGACAGGUGUCUACUCCAGCAAAGUCACCCUUUCAUCCCUGCCCAGCCCUGUGGUGACCUCAGGAGGUUAUGUGACUCUUCAGUGCUCCUCACAAGAGGAAUAUAACAGUUUCAUUCUAGUGAAGGAAGAUCAAAAUUUUUCUAUGCCCAGGGCCUCACAGAACACAUACACUGGUGUAUUCCAGGCCCUGUUCACAGUGGGUCCUGUGUCUCGAAAACAGAGAUGGAGAUUCACAUGUUAUGGCUAUUACUCCAACAGCUCACAGCUGUGGUCAGUACCCAGUAACAGCCUAGAACUCCUGGUCUCAGGGACCCUCCACAAACCCGCCAUCUGGGCUGAGCCAGGCACUCUGAUCACAUUAGCGAGACCUGUCACCAUCUGUUGUGAGGGGACCAGAGAAACCCAAAUGUAUGUGCUACAUAAAGAGGGAGACCGAGAAUCAGGGGACAGACAGACCCAAAAGAAUGACAACAAUAAGGCAAAAUUCACCAUCCCAUCUGUGACAAUGCUGCAUGCAGGGAAAUAUCACUGUUACUCCUACACCUCUGCUGGGUGGUCAGAGUACAGUGACACCCUGGAGCUUGUGGUGACAGGAGUCUCCACCAAACCCAGACUGAUAGCUCAGAACAGUCCUGUUGUAACCGUAGGACAGUCUGUGACCCUCUUGUGUACCUCAAAUCAGAGACACACCUGGUUCAGUUUAAUUAAGAACAAGCAGAAGCAUUCCAUCUCCAUGGGCUCACAGGAUGUAAAUACUGGGCUGUCUUCUGCCAGGUUCCAAGUGCAUCUCAUGACCUCCCACCAAAGAUGGAGGCUCAGAUGCUAUGGCUAUAACACAAGCAACCCUCAAGUGUGGUCAGAAGGGAGUGACGUCCUGGAGAUUCUAGUCUCAGGAACCCUCCAGAAACCCAGCAUCUGGGUGGAGCCAGGCUCUCUGAUCACCUCAGGGAAACCUGUGACAAUCUGGUGUGAGGGAACCAUGGAAACUCAAAUAUAUUUCUUGUAUAAAGAAGGAAGCCCAGCACCCUUGGACAGAUUUACUGCACCAGUGCCUGAUCACAAGGCCAAAUUUAUCAUUUCAUCAUUGACAGAGUAUAAUGCAGGACGAUAUCGCUGUUACUGUUAUAAUUCUGCUGGGUGGACACAGCAGAGUGACCCCCUGGAGCUGGUGGUGACAGGCUUUUGCCAUGGUAAACCUACUCUGUCAGCCUUGUCCAGCCCUGUGGUGACCUCAGGUGUGAAUGUGACUCUCAAGUGUGUCUCAUCAAAAGGAUACGAUUGGUUCAUUUUAACUGGGGAAGACCAGAAUUUCUCCAGGUUCCUCAAGGCACAGUACACACACACUGGACAGUCCCAAGCUCUGUUUCCUGAGAUCCCUGUUUCAUCCAACAAGAGCGGGCCCUUUAGAUGUUAGGGAUAAUUGCAAAGUAGACCACAUAUCUGGUCAGAGGCCAGCAACCCUCUGGAGAUAUUUGUCUCAGGAUCUGCUGAGAACAUCACUGCAUCACAAAACAUGUCCAAACCAAAGACAGACUCAGAGACACAGGAUCAUCGUACAGUGGAGAAUCUGCUCAGAAUGGGGAUGGCAGGCUUGGUCCUUGUGGUCCUUGGAAUACUGGUGUUUGAUGCUUAUCACAGCAGUAGACAAAUUCAACACAGAAAUGGACUGUGAAUGGGGGAUACAGCAACACAUCUUUUACAGUGUCAUGGACUGGACACUAAAUGUGGGGAUUUAGGGUGGAUUUGUAAGAAAAUACAGUGCUCAUGUUGGAGAACUGACUAGGGGUCAAUGAGAAUUGAGACCAAGAUAAAUAAAUGUCUGUUUAUUGGGAUGGAGAGUACUUUCUCCACCAAUCAAAGUUAUUCCCUUACAUCUUGCUGUAGACUUUUGCUGACAAGUGCCUCCUUUCUCCUCACCUAAUGACAUGGGCAAACAUCCUGCACCACCAAACAGGGUUGGCUCCUAAUCUUUGUACUUAUUCUGGAUUGUCUUACUUUUAUGUAACUUCUAUUAUUUUAAAUUACUAUGUUCCCAUCAACAUUACAAAUUUC